AUGAACUCCUUGAACAUCAUAUCUGCGCGAGUCUCUCCUACAUCAAGCCCUGCCCCCUCGCGAACCAAUUCACUUAGCCACAUUGGCUUGGCUGUUGCACCUUCUAGCGAAGGCGUCGUUUCUUCAGAUGACACUGAAGCCAGAGACAAAGACGUAACGGUAGACGAUCCUCUAGACGAGCAUGCAUCUGAAAAAGAUGCCAGGAAUGCCUUUUCAGAAGGCGCUAACGAGACCUCGCCUUUGCUGGAGAAGAGAGAUAUGAGAGAGAAAGAGGUUGGAGCCCGUGCUUGGUAUCAUUACCCUGCGCGCAUAGCAAGCGGGUUUAUCGACUCAAUACGUUGGGUUCUGUCUACAAUCGCAGCUCCCGGGGUGUAUCUGAUUGCUUGUUUAUACGAUGCCAAUGGAAAUUUCGCUCCACUGCAUCAGCUUAGGAAUUUAUUUGGUUCUUAUGGUGGAAACGUGCGCAAACUUGCUGCCGAUUACCAGGAGGACGUCGUUCGUAAUGAGAAAGCGACGGCGCUUCAGCCUGGUGGUCAGAGCGCGAGAAGUCGACGUGGACUUGGUGCAUCACGGCGUACGGCUUCAUCUGGGUCAUCUUCUUCAGGCAUCUCUUCCGAGUCGGAAUCUGAUGUGAGUAGUAGGGCUGAGGGUAACCGUCUUCAUACAAGAUCAAAGUCGCUACAACCAACCGAAGAAAUUGCGCCGUCGAGGAGGUCGAUUCGGAUCAAGCUUCACAAUGAUGAUGCCAUACGCCAUAGGAAACACCGAAAAGCCCAGUCGACGAACACCACCAACCCUCCCCAAGGUGGCAGUGCGACAGAAGAACUCUCGGCUCACCUCAAGUCUCCUACUUCUCCUCAAGGUGCUUUAACAAAGUAUCCCAAGACGCCGGCUCCUCCACGCCCUCUGAUACCGAGACGACAGCCGUCGUACGUUCCUUUCGAACCACAGGAUUCCAAACAACUUAAAACUCUGAUUUUGGACCUUGAUGAAACACUGAUCCACAGCAUGUCCAAGGGGGGUAGGAUGGGCUCCGGCCACAUGGUUGAAGUGCGGCUUAAUACAGCAUAUACGGGAAGUAGCGGCCAGCAGAUGCUAGGACCUCAGCAUCCAAUUUUGUAUUAUGUUCAUAAAAGGCCGUAUUGUGACGAGUUUCUGAGAAAGGUUUGCAAGUGGUUCAACUUGGUUGUCUUCACGGCAUCCGUACAGGAGUACGCGGAUCCGGUCAUCGACUGGCUUGAAUCAGAACGGAAGUUCUUUUCGGGACGUUACUAUAGACAACACUGUACGUUUAGGCAUGGGGCAUUUAUCAAGGAUCUCAGCUCGAUUGAGCCAGACCUCAGUAAAGUUAUGAUCCUGGAUAACAGUCCCCUAAGCUACAUGUUUCAUCAAGAUAAUGCCAUACCCAUUCAGGGGUGGAUUAGUGAUCCGACAGAUAACGACUUAUUACACCUAGUCCCAUUCCUAGAAGGGCUGCAGUACGUAUCUGAUGUUAGGGCGCUAUUGGCAUUAAGAGGGGACCUCCCCCCCGUCAAGCCCUCGGCUAUUGCCCUCGGUACUGUCUUCAACCACGGUGUUGAGCUAGCUGUCCUUACUCCUCUCUUCGGCCAAACCUAUCAGCGCGCCAAGGUCGCCAACACAAAGGAAGAGUUCCUCCGCUCAAGGGAGGCCACCGGUGCCGCUGUUGCCUGGGGCACGUCGCUGGUCGGUUCCGCGCUGCAGGCCUAUGGUGUCGGCGCUCUCAUCAACGCUACCGGCACCCUAAGCUACAAGGGCGCCGCCUACCUCGGCUCCCUCAUCUUCCUCGCUACUUCUGCUCCUACCUUCCUCAACCAACUCUUCACUGAGAAGCGUGCCGUCGAUUCGGUCGCCGUAAGCGCCCUAGCCAAGGUUGUUGAGACGCUCGGCCUAUCUGUAUUCCUCACCUGGUGGGGCACUCGUACCAACCCCUUCGACUAA